UGCUCUGCACAGGGAGAGAGAGAGAGAGAGAGGGAGGAGGACAGAGGGAGACAGUAACAGAGAGUGAGGGCGCAGAUGUGCGACAGCAGCAGCUCUUGUCUCCUCAAGUUUGCAGCUCGCAGGGUGAAGUAGUGAUUCGUCUAUUUUAGGGUGACAGAGUGUAUUUUCAUACCGGGGCUGUACAGAAGAAGUCAUUCUGAAAGAGGCGCAGAGCAACAAAUAAACUUGGAUUUACGCACAGCAGCAGCAGCAGCAGCAGCAGCAGCAGCAGCAGCAGCAUCCUUUGAGGAAUACAAAGAAGACAGAUAAGAGAAAUGUGUUGUAAAGGAUUCAUACUCGUCAUCUUUUGUCUUCAGCUAUGGCCCAGGCCUUUGGGUGAAGCAAUUCAUCCGGACUGCGCCAUCAUCUCCCAGCACCUGAGGGCUCGGGAGAUUUGUAGACAGACGAGGAGGAGCGAGGCGCAAAACCAGACAGACCACAGCGGAUGUAAAACAGAGUGGGACGAGCUUGGAUGCUGGCUGAGAGCCGAAGUCGGUCAGGUGGUUAACGUGUCCUGCUCCGAAGUCUUCCUGCAUUUCUCCAGCAAUCAAGGGUUUGUUUACAGGAACUGCACCGUUGAUGGCUGGUCUGAAAUGUAUCCGCCCUACGAGGAGGCUUGUGCUUUCAGUGAUGACAGCGAGUCUGAGUCUGAGACGAGUUACCUCUAUACAUUCAGGCAGGUUUACACUGUUGGCUAUGCCACCUCACUGAUCUCCCUCAUUACAGCGAUAGUGGUGUUUGCAGCCUUCAGGAAGUUCCACUGCACCAGGAACUACAUCCACAUCAACCUUUUCUCCUCCUUCGUGCUGAGAGCCACUGCUGUGUUCAUUAAAGACGCGGUGCUGUUUGCUGAUGAGACCUUGGACCACUGCUCCAUGUCAACGACAGCGUGUAAGUCAGCCGUGGCCUUCUUCCAGUUCAGCAUCCUGGCCAAUUACUUCUGGUUGCUGGUGGAGGGCAUGUAUCUGCAGACCCUGCUGGCCCUGACCUUCGUCUCACAGAGGAAAUACUUCUGGUGGUACAUCCUGAUUGGAUGGGGGCUCCCAUCAACAGUCCUCAUCCUCUGGGUUUUGACCAGGUUCUUCUAUGAUGACAGAGGUUGCUGGGACGACACAGACAAUGUUGGUAUUUGGUGGAUUAUUAAAGGACCAAUAACAGCCUCGCUGCUGGUGAACAUCGUCAUCUUCAUCAAUGUCAUCCGAAUCCUGGUUCAAAAGCUGAAAUCUUCUGCCAUGGCUGGGAACAAUGACACUGGACACUUCAUGAGGCUGGCUAAAUCCACCCUGUUCCUCAUUCCUCUGUUUGGGAUGCACUACACUGUAUUCGCUUUCCUGCCUGAGAACACUGGAGUCGCGGCCAGACUCUACAUUGAGCUGGGACUGGGCUCCUUUCAGGGAUUUGUGGUGGCACUCCUUUACUGUUUUAUGAAUGGAGAGGUCCAAACAGAGCUGCGGAGGUGGCUUUGGAAGUGCCACAAUCAAAAUCAUCUCACACCAGCCAAGAGGAGCAUCACUCAGAUCACAAUUCGAACCCGUGGGGGGCUUGGAUUGCCUCCUUCAAGCAACAUCUCCUCAGUAUGAUUUCAGAGACUGUCUGUGGAAAAAAGAAACUGCUGUGAGAAUGUCAAGUAAAACAACAGAGGAGUCCUCAAAGCUGAACAUGCUGAUGACAUUAUUUCAACAACCGCUCUAUGAGAGCAUAAGGCCGUAAUGAACACUGGAGAAAAUGUGUCGGCAUGAAUUAUAUCAGUGUCAGCAGCAACUGUGACUAAGAAUGGUACACUGCAAAUUUCUAAUCUGCAUCACAGUGGGCUCGUUGUCAAAUCAUCAACAAUGGUGCUUGAUUUGUGAGGAUGGUGCCAUAGUGGAAAGAGGGAACUUCAGCAGAAACAGAGCUCGCCCUGAGCUUGCGGGAAUGUCAAUUGUCAAAGUUGUGUGUACAGUUUGGACUGCACGAGUGCAAACAUGACCAAAUGUUGAGAGAUUAUACAGAGGCAGCUGUGGAAACAAUAGAUGUUUGAACAUGGCUAAAAUAUCUGAAAUUGCUCUGCGCUGCACUGAACUGAUGAGGUGAUACUAUGUCGGCCUAUUGGGAUGAAAACAUGUGGAUCUGGAUCUGAAUGUGUUCAUUCACUCAGCAUCUCACCAGCUGCUAAAGAGACAUUUUCAAACAUUAAGAUCCAGGGAGACUCAAACAAGUAUUUCAAGUUGUUUGUUUGUGUGUUGUGCUGCCCUGCACCGAUACACCGUGUCUUAAAAGACUGCUUUGAUGAGCCAUCUCAGUAUUUAUGAAUAGUCAUUUCCUUGUUAUCUCAUUAUCUAUGUCGUCUCCAGAUGUUGUAUAUUUUUUUAUACACUAGCUGCAUUUAUAGAGAUACCAAAUUAAUAAAUUGGACACACAUUAACAGGGAGGCAUCAAAAUGGUACUGAUCAACUAGAAUGACCAGUGGGACAGUGAUAGUGCCGAAUGAUACACACAGGCUUAUAUUGGUUAUAUAAACUAUAAAUGUUAUAUAUAUAUAUAUAUAUAUAUACAUAUUGUAAUGCUUUAUAGUUCACCCAUAUGUGAGUUAACAAGAUUUUGAUGAUGGUCCAAGUUUACACCAAAAAAGCAAGAAGCCCAGGAUUUUUGUGUAAUUUUCUUCCUAAAUUACACAUAUCCAAUUGUAAAUAGUCAUCAAUCAGAGUCAAUUAAGUCUUGACAUUUUCAAAAUAUUUCCCCGAAAUGUGUGAGUAGAGAAAAUUGAUACCACUCUCAUGAUCGUACCAUCAACACAAAGCUACAACCAGUAGGCUUUUUGCUUAGCAUAAGGACUAGAGAAGGUUAGCUUCACUCUGUCUGUUAAGAAAAUGAGCCUUAAAAGUUAAUUACCACAUGUGUUUCUGUACAUCUGUACAUAAACCUACAUAUGAAUAUGACAUGUUGUGGUUUUACUGGGGAGGGAUACAUGCUAAAUCUCAUGGGUGCUGGUCAGAGUUAAACUCUUAACAAAGAACCAAUCAUCUGCCAAAACUGGACUAUGUCCGCAGGAACACACAGUUUAUCACCCACUUUACAUAUGUCUACAGCUGUUUUUAUGUGGAUUAAAAAGUUAAAAUCUGAAAAUA